GCUGUGCUUGCUCCCUCCUGUCUCUUUCUCCCACCAGCAUGUCUUUCUUUAAGCGGAAGGACAAUAACAAGUCUAUGAUCCCUCCUGUUCAAUCUGAACAGCCCAGGGACUAUGGAAACAGUACCAAUCCUCGUCCUGUGCGAUCCAGUGCCAGCACGUAUGUGGCCAGCCGGGAUGGCGACCCGUAUGCCAGUCGCACACCUUCUUACCCAUCCGACAACAAAUACAAUGAACCCCACAAAUCCAACAACGACAGCUAUAGAUCCAACAGCCACGACGAUGGUUACCAACAGCCUCGCGAAGCUCCGCGUGACCGCUACGGCCGCAACAACGGUGUGGGAGAUGUGUAUUCUCGCCCCGGAGAAAAGUUCUCCCAACAAGAUCAAGACCGUGCUGCCCUUUUCUCGGGAUUCAAUCCAGAAAAGUCCGGCUCCGGCAGAUUCUUCGACGGAGCUGAUGUCGGCCGCGAUCCCCCCACUGGAGAGGAAACGGAGGAAGAUGUCGAGGGGAUCAAGAAGCAAACCAGAGUUUUGAAGCAGGAGAGCGCCAACUCGACCCGCAAUGCUCUUCGUCUCGCACGAGAGGCUGAAGACACUGCCCGAAACACGCUGGGGAAGCUAGGCACUCAAUCUGAGCGACUGGCUAACACUGAGCGUCAUCUCGAUGUGUCCAAAGGGCACUCUGCCCGUGCCGAUGACAAGACAGAUGAGCUGCGGCAACUCAACCGUUCGAUCUUCCGUCCGGUGAUCACUUUCAACAAGGAUGCGAAACGUGCCGCCCAGGAGGCCAAGAUCCAGGCGCGCUAUGACGAUGAACGGAAUGAGCGCGAGAAGACCAUGAUGGACAUCAGAGACAGUCAAGACCGGCUGGGCCAGGCUCAGACGUAUGGGCGGGAGGAGGUGCAGAUGAUCAACGGUAGACGAUUUAGGACAGAGGAUCAGGUCUCCGCCCGCAAAGAGCAGCGGAAGCGCUUCCAGUUCGAGUCCACCGCGUCGGAUGAUGAAGUGGAGGACGAGAUUGAUGACAACCUGGACGAGAUCGGUGAUGCCACGAAACGACUCAAGGCUCUUGGGAUGGCGAUGGGUCAAGAACUCGACCGCCAGAACCAGCGCAUUGAUGUUAUCGAGCAGAAGACGGUCAAUCUGGAUAACAAGAUCGUCCGCAACACCGACCGCGUAACUCAAGCGCAUCAAGUAGAGUGUUGCUUUUACGCGAUAUGUCACAUUCACGUGACGGUUGUUAUCAUUCUCGAUUUGCUUCCGCCGUCCUCAUUCCCAGCCGCAAUGGUGUCUGAAUAUGAACGACAACGCGCAAGGAACAUUGAGAGAAACAAGGCACUUCUCCUGGAGAUAGGGCUGAAAAAACCACUUGUUGAACCUAAAGAAGUCAGACGCCCUAAGCCCUCUAAGAAAAGGAAAUUGGAAGACGACUACGACAGCGCUCCCCCUUCGAAAGUCACCAGAGUUGAUCCCGCGAUCACGGCAGUGGCUCCGGACUCUGGAGGGACACUUUCUUUGCGCCGGAGUGGCCGAAAUGCCGGGAAAGCAGUUGACUACAAGACCGAAAAGACGACCAGCUCACCUAUUCCUAUCUCUUUCACGAGCGGCAUACGGACUACAGAAAAUGAAGGACGGCUGGGGAAGGAAGCUGGCACCAAGCGCAUUCACGAUCCCAAGGUGUUCGGGUCCAUUCCUGGCGUUACGGUGGGAACGUGGUGGGAGAGUAGGGAGGGAUGCAGCGCAGAUGCUAUCCAUGCUCCGUGGGUGGCAGGGAUCUCUGGAGGCCAUCAAGGCGCGUACAGCGUCGCUCUCAGCGGAGGUUACGAGGACGAUGUGGACUGUGGCUACGCGUUGAUCAGGUUGGUUCCCUCGAGAUCUUCGUGGGCAGGGCUGACGUUGCCGUCCGGCCUGCUUCGAAGUGUUGACCGUGAUCAGCUGCGGACGGCACCGCAAAGCUCUGACCAGACAUUUGAAAACUCGUUCAAUAAAGCUCUCCAAAAAUCGUCCGAAACCAAGAAACCUAUUCGGGUCAUUCGAGGCUACAAGCUCAACUCCCGCUAUGCUCCCUAUGAAGGAUAUCGUUAUGAUGGCCUUUAUCGGGUCGAGAAGGCCUGGCAAGAGCCUGGUACGGAGGGUUUCCUCGUCUGCAAAUUCGCUUUCAAACGCCUCCCCGGACAACCUGACCUGCCUGUUCGAGAAGACGUCUCGUCUGAUUCUUAG